GCUCCCAUUCUCAACUAUAUUAAGCUGCCAUUCCGGACAAAGCAAAUUAGCGCCAGAUUAUUCCCGGAGUCAUCCGAUCCAAUGGCUAUCUUUGCUGCACCCCCAAGCAAAGAGGUGGAUGAUGCAUGGAGCAAAGUGUCUCGCAAUAUGAUUUUUGGCCUUACACGCCAAGAUCUCUUACGUCUCGGUAAAGACCCCGCUACAGCCGUGAAGUAUAGCCCAGAUUGGAAUAUCUCCAAUGGAGAGGAGCGGUACCUCGGGGUUCUGGACGCUUUCCACCAAGUACAUUGCCUAAACAUGCUGCGCCAGAAUCUCAUUAUAAACUACGAUUAUUACUGGGGCAAAGUUUUUGGAUUCAGGCCUGAGGCUUUUCGCGAGAGGCAUUUGAGUCACUGCACAUCGAUUUUGCUGCAAAACAUCAUGUGCCACGCAGAUUUGGGUGUUGUUACCCAUGUCUGGCGAGAGGGCAACCCCGUUCCGUGGCCGGACUUUGGGAUAAACCGACAGUGCAGGGACUUUGGCGCUUUAAUGGAUUUUCGG